AUAACCUCAUUGAUGUGCACUGAGAAAAUUAUCAUAUGUCAUGUUUUAGUCUGUUUACAAUCUAUCAAAUCUGUUCUCUUUUUCAAUUGCUUGCAGUUGUGUGAUUUGGUUUUGCGAGAAAAAAAAACGAUAUAGAAUAAGGGGUGACCAUCAAAUAAAGACAGACAAAAGAGCGAAAGAGAUAAUAAAUAUUUUGUUCACACUGGUGUGAUCGAAUCGCAAUGCAUAACUAAUAAGAAGAAGAAGAAGAAGAAAAAAAAAAUACGAAGAUAUAUUCCACCGUGGUGCUAAUAGUAAAUAAACAAGUUGUUGAUUAGAGCUUUUUGGAAUUGGACGAGUUUUUUCGCGCGAUUCGUUUUGAUAUUUUUUUUUCGCUCUUUCGAUUUGUCUAUACGUCGUCGAAAGGAGAUAACGAUCAUCAUUGAAUAAUUAGAAUCUUAGAUACGAGUGUCUGAUUCAAAAUUCGACGUGGAGAAAAGUUGUUGUUCACUUGUCAUGGAAUUUAAUUAUAUCUGAUAUUCGGAAACAGCAAAGCAACCAUUUCUAACCUGAUUUGUCCUACAUUUUGUGAAUCCGUGAUAAAUUUCGUUGUGUGGUGGUUUCGUUGAAAGAGCGAGAGAGGAAGAGAAAGAGCAGUCGAUGUGAUUGUGUAUAGUGAGAUGGCUCGCACGGGAUUGCUGGUCGUUACAAAUUUAGCGAAAAUUGUAAAUAGUUUGACCGCUGUAAAAAAAUACGUUUCAAAUACAUUGUACAUUCAAUUAUACACCGGAGCUGGAGCCACUGUAAAUAGUAAUGAAAAUCGAAAAUUUGUAAACACAUUGAAACCCGAAUCGAGAUAUUGUAAAUACGUGGCUGACAUUUAUUCGGUAUCGUUACGAACAUGUGAUCAACUGGAUGUGAUCGUUAUCGUUGGCAAUUUGAAAGAUAAUCUAUUAUGGCAAAAGACACCGAUACCAUUUAAACCAGUCGAUGUGUUGCUGUUCGACAACGGCAUUUCGAAUGAUGAAACAUCAAAACUAAUGGACCGAUACAAGCCAACGAAUGUUAUUGAAUUCUCCAAUGAAUUGGAUGAAGAAAGUGAUGGGGCCGAUGCACAUGUUUCCAAAUUACAUGAGAACCAUGCUGAUGCUGUCGAAGGGGAUUCAGUAGUUUUGGGCGGAACAUUUGAUCGUUUACACGUCGGACACAAAAUGCUGCUCACCGAAGCGGUUCUUCGAGCGAAGAAACGCGUCGUUGUCGGUGUGACUGAUGCAGACAUGAUAAAAACCAAAUUGCUACGUGAACUGAUUCUGCCGGUUGAGACGAGAAUUCGUGAUGUUCGCAAUUUUUUACAAGCCAUUGAUAAUACGCUAACUUAUGAAGUGGUUCCGAUUGAAGAUCCAUUUGGGCCAACAAAAACUGAUCCGAAUUUAGAUAUAAUAAUCGUGAGUGCCGAAACAUUUCGCGGCGGUGAGAAGGUGAACGAAUUACGAAAAGCGGCUAACUUAAGGGAGUUGCAAAUUCACUGCAUCGACCUCAUCGAACUGGAAACGAAUGAGGAAGGCAAAGAGAAGAAAGUGAGUUCAAGCAAUCGACGAAUGGAUUUGCUUGGCACACGUCUCAGGGAGCCAACACCAAAACCACACUUACCAAACUAUCCAUACAUAAUUGGAUUGAUUGGUGGCAUUGCAUCGGGCAAGAGUAUAAUUUCCCAGCACUUUGAGAAACUUGGAGCAACAGUUAUCAACUGUGAUAAAUUGGCCCAUGAAAUCUACGAACCAGGUACGGAGUGCCAUACCAAACUCACUGCUCACUUUGGCACUGACAUUCUAAAUGCCGCAGACAAUCGAAUCAAUCGCAAGAAAUUGGGCAGCAUCGUAUUCGCGGAUAAGCAAAAACUUAACGAAUUAAAUCAGAUUGUGUGGCCAUUGUUGAUGGUAGAAGUAAAAAAUCGAAUCGAGAACGUUCGUAGGGAAAAGAGUCACGAUGUCGUUAUGAUUGAAGCAGCAGUGCUAUUGCAGGCCGGUUGGCAACACGAGAUGCAUGAAGUCUGGUCAUUGAUUGUACCUACCGAACGGGCAAUUCGACGUCUGAUCAAUCGCGAUAACUUGACCGAAGAACAAGCGAUACAACGAAUUGAGACGCAACCAUCUAACGAGAUCAUGGUCCAAGAGUCAACCGUCGUCUUUUCGACACAAUGGAGCUACGAAUUUUCUCGCCAACAAGCGGAAAAAGCAUGGAGGGGAUUACAAGAUUAUUUAGCAAAAAUUAAAACACAGUCUUAAAAAGAUGGCAUCAUUUUAAUUUGAAAAAAGAAGAAAAAAAAAAAACUUUAUUAAAGCGAAGAAAAA